UACUGUAUGGUACUGUACAACAGUACAACAGUAUCUAUACCCCAGACACGGACGGUAGGUGUUUAUAUUUACACCUGGUUUUAUUACUAAACAAUUUACACCUGUACCGAUCCCUGCAUCCUCAACAGACAACACCACCAUGUUGACGAUUUCUGCUGUCAUUAUGCUCUGUCUCCUAGCGGAAGUGACUGACGCCAAAUCCCUGAAUCUACGCCCAAUCAUAGGUGUACUUGCCCAGGAGAGCGGUGAAAAGUCUGGAGAAAGCUACAUCAUUUCUUCUUAUGUCAAAUGGGCGGAGGCGGCUGGGGCCAGGGUUGUCCCCUAUUAGGAUAAACGAGCCCGACGGAUACUAUGAGGAACUCUUCCGGCGAAUCAACGGUGUCUUGCUUCCUGGAGGCAGUAUUGACAUCAUUACGUCAUACCACGCCAAAGCUGCCAAGAAACUCUACCAGAUGGCAUUGAAAGCUAACGACCAAGGAGAUUACUUCCCUAUAUGGGGAACAUGUCAAGGGCUACAACUCCUGUCUGCACUGACUGCAGGCCAGAACCUACUGGCUGACAGACCCUUCAGUGGCGUUAACCCUCUGGACUUCAAACCUGAUUUCCGGGAUAGUAAACUGUUCCGAAACCUCCCAGAGAACGUGUACACCGCAUUAGCCAAUGAAAAGGUUACUUCAAAUCUACACAUGUACGGACUGACACCACAGAACUUCAGUGGAAACAGUCUGUUGAGGAAGUUUUAUCGCGUCAUGUCGACAAACCUAGACAAAUACGGAAACGUGUAUAUAUCGACCAUGGAGGCCGUCCGUUACCCGUUUUACGGGGUACAAUUCCAUCCCGAGAAGAAUGUAUAUAACUGGGAUCUUCACUUCACAAACAACCAUGACGCCGACGCAAUACAAGUAGCUCAUUAUUUCUCCGACUUCUUUCUUGUUGAAGCGCGAAAGAGCAGACAUUUCUUCCCGACAGUUGAUGAAGAAAUCGGUGCCCUGAUAGACAAUUACGAACCUGUGUUUUCCAAGAAUAGUGCUUUUACAGACAUUUACUAUUUUAAGUUCAGAAGCUAAAAUGACGGAUGCCAAUUUCCUUUACAAUUAUUGUGCUGUGAUAUUUUAUCAUUGUACAUCAGUUCUUAAUCAGGUAACUUUAAUUUGUGUUAAAAAGAUAGAAAUAAAUUAAGUUAAUAACAGGAA